AUGGUAUCCAUGGUGAUUCUCCUAAUUACUGGAUGUGAAGCUCAGGGUUCCAUAAAUUGCCCCGAAGUUUUUGAUGAUGUUGCACCUUGUGUUAGCUUCCUCAAAUCAAACACAAAGCACCCCUCUGAGGACUGUUGCCAAGGUAUCAAGACACUGAAUGGUGAGGCUGGUAGCCAAGAAAAUAGAGAAGCUAUAUGUCUGUGCCUCAAGCAAGGAUUGGCAUCGGUUGGAGAUUAUGAUCCCAAACGUAUACCUCUAGUUCCCACAGAGUGUGGACUCUCUGUUGACCUUCCUCCUAUUGACGACAAAACCGAUUGCAAAAAUGUACACUGGAUAUGA